AUGGCUCAUCCCCAGACCCGAACCUACAUCUCGUCCACGGGUUUACGUGCAAGUUCUGCAUUGAACUCCUUCGGGGGACGUUACUGGAUUGUCGAAUAUGGCGGGUCUAUGACCAGACCAGUCGGAGGCAAGGAAGUUUACGACCAUCUUGAAGAUAUUUUCGAGCGUGAGAGAGGCCGACAGAAAGGCUUUUCAGGUGGGGACUUGGCGAACGGGGCUGGUACUACUAGGAGCUCACAAACCACAACAUUCACAGAUCUCAGACCAUGGCUAGAGAGAACCGGCUGGGAACGGACUUUUGGGGGAAUCGACCGAGAACUGCUAAAAAACCUAACUACCGCGCCCUCUCCUGUGACUUCACACCGGGGCCUGAUACUGAAAGAGAGUAGUAAUCGAUCUAGCGAUGUUUAUUCCGAUGAAUGGAUGAUAAGCUCGGCGGAUGACGAACGCAAAAUCACUGCUCUCCUUGCCGCCGUGGACAUGCUAAUGGACCGCUGCGAGCAAACGGCACGGACAACAAGCAGAAGUCUUCUAUGUUGGUUGCGUAGUGUACGCCCUCACGGGUGCUAUGCGAAGCCAUUCACAUUUGUGGGAAAGGCGGCAAGUAGAAGGAAAUAUAUCCGUGUCCUCAAGCGCUUCGUCGCUUUGGUCUUUCGAGCUUAUCGCCUACCUGCGGACAUUCGACAGCGCCGGGCGGGCAUCCGUUUCAAGAAGUCACAGCUUCGUUUGAUAUCAACACUGUGGAACCAUGAGGCUUGGACCCAGCAUGAUGCUUUAACCGAGCAGCUCUGGCGAAGUAUCAAGCUAUCUGAUGGGGCCGAUGUUGAAGUUGACUGCGAUGUAGAGAGCACCGAUGGAGAGGAUGAUUGUGAAGACGGAGACGACAGCGACGAUCAGAGUAGUGUCAUGGGUGCUGACGACUCUGAGACCGACGAUAUGGAUGAUGAAGAUGAGGAGAGUGAAGAGGAAGAUCACAACCGGAACGAGGAUCAGAGCGGGAAAACUAACGCGAUGAGGAAUUCAGGCGGGGGAAAAUUCCCACCAUGGAUCAAAGAGGUGCUAGAAUUCCUAUUUGGGCUAAUCAUGGCAUUCUGCACGGAGGAAGUCAUGGAUGGUCGCCCAGAUUCAACGCUGCUAGUGUAUUAUAGCGGUGUCCUUGGAUUCUCGGCUGAUCUCACUGGUUUUCUUCCUGCCAGGUCAUACACGUCUAACCUCGCCGCGCUGAUAUACAUACAACGCCUUCUCUUCCUCGAGUACGCUGUACCAACGCAGGACUACCCUCGUCUUGGAAUUUCGAGACGCCCUCGGACAAAUCAGCUCGCACGCCUGCAGAAUGUUCGUCAGGAAUACCUAGUCCUCGGAUCACAGUCACCAUUCGAGGAGUUAUUCUCCCUACUCGCAUUUGGAAGGGCAAUAGCAGGCUCAGAAACACCUGCCUUCCUCCUCAAAUGGAGCGAUGACGGUCAGGUUGUGUCAUACAGAGACGACAUUGCGGUUCACAUGGAAAAGUUCCGACGUCUCCCGAAGGUGCUUUUGGCGCGCGCGGAGGCUCUUUGUGAGCUAUUGAUGUAUGGGUGGAAACCUCCAUGCGAUCUCGCCUCCGUCAAAGACGAUAUGGCAAAUACGACACACGAAUUUUCAUUCGUUAGUCACCCGAAGAACGGGCUGGCAGAGGCUUAUUUGGAACUAACCUUGAAAGCUUGCACCAGCCAAGCGGACUCCCUUUCCCGCAAAGGGCGAUGGAACCAGAAGGCGAUAUUCGAAUACCUGAAGAAGGAAGAAGCAUUGCGCGAGAACCUGGCAGGUCUGAUGCUCAUGACGUGCGGAGGUCAGCCCCGUUCACCAGACCUGCUCAGUGUCCGAUCACAAAGCAAAGCGCUCAACCAAUAG